AUGACCGUCGCAGCCACACCCGGUACCGCGGCACCGAAUUCGCCGAGGCGGGCUUCUCCGCGCUGGUGCCAGACUCCCAGAAAGCUCACUACCGAAGAAGCCCUCAACGGCGGCUUCGAGGAAGGAGAGACGCAGCCUCUUGACUGGAACUUCCGCGAGGUUGACGUUGGUGAUUUCGAGAUAGCAUCAUCUAUCCGCACCUCGAAACUGCCUUCAGGAAAGCAUGAAACUCGUGAUCUCGAGAUGAUCCUCGCAAACGCAGCAAAGGGCAACCCUCUGCGUACCCUGAUCGCCGAGGCUGCUCUAUCGAUGGGUGGCGCGCAUGCACGAUAA